UUGAAAACCGAGACUGCAAGAGUUGUUGAGAAUUAGUUUGGAAAGAGUUUGGAAAACCGGUCAAUCACGAUAAACUUUUAACAAAUAACUGAUAAUAAGAUAAUUAAAAUAAUUAAAUCAUGGCUAGUGUUUCGUAUCAAAUAGCAAAUCUGCUGGAGAAGAUGACUUCCAGCGACAAAGAUUUUAGAUUCAUGGCGACAAAUGAUUUGAUGACAGAGUUACAGAAAGAUAACAUCAAGCUAGAUGAUGACUCUGAGAGGAAAGUCGUUAAGAUGCUGCUUCGAUUACUCGAAGAUAAAAAUGGAGAAGUACAAAACUUGGCAGUAAAAUGCUUGGGGCCUUUGGUAAAUAAAGUAAAAGAAUAUCAAGUAGAGACAAUUGUCGACGCUCUUUGCAGCAACAUGAUAUCCGACAAGGAACAACUCCGAGAUAUUUCGAGUAUCGGUUUGAAAACAGUGAUAUCAGAGUUGCCUGUCGGGUCGAACGAUCUUGCAGAGAACGUCUGCAAGCGCAUUACUGGUAAACUCAGCAGCGCAAUCGAGAAACAAGAGGAUGUUUCAGUUCAAUUAGAGGCUUUGGAUAUCGUUGCUGAUUUAUUGUCGCGAUUCGGUUCACUUCUGGUGACUUUCCACCCGACAAUUUUAAAUGCUCUGCUGCCGCAGCUGUCAUCUCCACGGCAGGCUGUGAGGAAACGAACGAUCGUUGCCUUGAGUCAUUUGCUAACUUCCAGCAACAGUUUCCUGUACAAAAAACUGCUGGACCACUUGCUCGAGGGAUUGACUUCGCAAAAAGUAAAGAAUGUUAUUCGCACGUACAUUCAAUGUAUCGCGUCGAUUUGCCGUCAAGCUGGACACAGGUUCGGCGAACAAAUCGAACGAGUGAUGCCGCUGAUUGUUCAGUACAGCAAUGAAGACGACGACGAGCUGAGGGAGUACUGUCUCCAGGCUUUCGAGUCCUUCGUCUAUCGUUGCCCCAAAGAAAUAACUCCUCAUAUAAAUAAAAUAAUCGAGAUAUGUCUGACGUAUCUCACUUAUGAUCCCAACUACAAUUACGACGAUGACGUUAACGAUGAGUCUGACGGCGAGGGGAUUAUCAUGGAAACCGAAGAGGACGGGGAAGAAGACGGCGAGGAUGAGUACUCGGACGACGAUGACAUGAGUUGGAAAGUACGUCGUGCUGCUGCCAAGUGUCUCGAAGCCGUCGUUUCAAGCAGACGUGAAUUGUUGUCGGAAUUAUAUAAACACGUGUCGCCGGCAAUUAUCGCGAGAUUUAAAGAACGUGAAGAAAAUGUUAAGUCUGAUAUUUUCCAUGCCUACAUCGCUCUGCUGAGACAAACCAAACCAACAUCAAGUGUUGCUAUGGAUCCCGAUUCAAUGGAAGACGAAGAAUAUCCAAUUUCUCUUUUGCAACAGCAGGUACCGCUUAUAGUCAAAGCAAUUCACCGUCAAAUGAAAGAGAAAAGCAUUAAAACCCGUCAGGAUUGCUUCUCGCUGCUCAAAGAACUUGUUGUUGUCCUUCCUGGUGCAUUGACUAAUCACAUUCCAGCAUUGAUACCCGGAAUUCAAUAUUCUCUUGGUGAUAAAAACUCAUCGUCAAAUAUGAAAAUAGACGCACUUGCAUUUGUCCACACUCUGCUGAUAACUCAUCAACCAGAAGCAUUUCACGCGUACAUGACAGUACUGGCGCCACCAAUUAUUGCCGCAGUCAGUGAUCCUUUUUAUAAAAUAACUGCUGAGGCACUUUUGGUACUCCAACAGCUUGUCCAGGUUAUAAGACCACACAAUAGACCAAUAAAUCCCGAGUUUACGUCGCUGUCUGCUGAAAUUUACCGCAGCACACUUGCGAGAUUGAAGACAGCUGACAUUGAUCAAGAAGUAAAGGAACGCGCUAUCGCCUGCAUGGGUCAAAUAAUAGCACACUUGAGUGAUACUUUGAACGAUCAGUUGCCCGUUUGUCUACCAAUUUUCCUUGACCGUCUUCGCAAUGAAAUAACGCGACUGACAACCGUCAAAGCCCUGACUUGUAUCGCGGCAUCGCCUCUCCGCGUUGAUCUGGAGCCAAUAAUGGAAGAAGCGAUUCCAAUCCUCGGUUCUUUUCUGCGCAAAAACCAGCGUGCAUUGAAAUUAUGUUCACUCACUCUUCUGGAUACUCUUGUACGCAGUUACUCGUCAAGUUUGAAUACCGAUUUACUGGACAAAGUGACAACAGAGCUGACAGCUCUGCUGAAUGAAUCGGAUCUUCAUAUUGCCCAGCUGACUCUCACUUUACUAACGACAAUAGCAAAACUUCAUCCAGUAGCACUCACUCAUAUCACCGACAGUAUUCUUCCUGAAAUUCUGGUCCUGGUUAAGUCACCGCUGCUACAGGGAGCAGCGCUGUCAGCGAUGCUGGAAUUUUUCCAAGCACUUGUGCAAGCCGAUAUACCAGGAGUUGGAUACCAAGAACUCUUGUCGAUGCUAAUUGAACCAGUUAAUAAAUCAGUGUUACAUAAACAGGCCUACCAUUCAUUAGCUAAGUGCGCAGCUGCACUGACAAUAACGUGGCAGCAGGAAGCUCACGGAGUAGUCGAACAAUUUAUUAAAAAUGUACAGCAUCCACAAAAUGAUGCCCAGCAUAUUUUCGCGCUUCUCGUUAUUGGCGAGAUCGGUAAACACGUUGAUCUAAGCAGUAUUACGCCAUUGAAACACGUAAUUCUCCAUUCAUUCUCAUCACUAUCCGAAGAAGUCAAAUCUGCUGCCAGUUAUACACUGGGUAAUAUUGCUGUUGGUAAUUUACCAGAAUAUUUACCGUUCAUUCUUGAAGAAAUCGAAGCCCAGCCUAAGCGACAGUACCUCGUACUUCAUUCGCUGAAAGAAAUAAUAACAUGCCAGUCCGGCAGCCCAUCCGGAGUGUCAAAUCUACAGAACUUCGUACCCUCGAUCUGGCAGUUGCUGUACCGACACUGCAAGUGCACUGAAGAGGGAACGAGAAAUGUCGUCGCUGAGUGUUUGGGUAAACUAACGCUCAUCGACCCUACAACUCUGCUACCAAGACUUCAAGAGUCAUUGAAGUCACCGUCUCCGUUGAUGAGAACGACGACUGUCACUGCUGUUAAAUUCACGAUUUCCGAUCAGCCUCAGCAGAUUGACGCGAUGCUCAAACAAUGCAUGGGCAGUUUCCUUGUUGCUCUUGAAGACUCUGAUCUAAAUGUCAGACGAGUUGCUCUCGUUGCGUUCAAUUCGGCGGCACACAACAAACCGAUGCUAAUUCGAGACCUACUGGACUCUGUACUUCCUAAGCUUUACGCGGAAACAAAAACAAAGAAAGAGUUGAUUAGAGAAGUUGAAAUGGGCCCAUUUAAACACACAGUUGACGAUGGACUAGAUUUAAGGAAAGCCGCAUUUGAGUGCAUGUACACGCUAUUAGAUUCCUGUCUUGAGAGACUUGAUAUUUUUGAGUUCCUUCAACACGUCGAAACCGGAUUGAGAGAUCACUAUGACAUUAAGAUGUUGACUUAUCUCAUGGUUGCACGACUGGCGCAACUCUGUCCUACUGCUGUACUACAACGAUUAGAUAGGCUAGUUGAACCAUUAAAAAAUACAUGUACAAUGAAGGUGAAAGCUAAUUCAGUAAAACAGGAGUACGAAAAACAAGAUGAGCUGAAACGAUCUGCAUUGAGAGCUGUUGCGGCACUUUGGACAAUUCCUGAUGCUGAUAAAAAUCCAGCGUUGAGUGAUUUCAUGAAUGUAAUUAAAUGUACACCAGAAUUACGAGCAUCAUUUGACGCAAUCCAGAAAGACUGUUCAGGUAAUAACGUUAAUGAAGCCAAUACAAUGGAUCUGAGUUAAGUCAGACCUCAUCUGGGUGAUAAUAUAUUUAAAAAACAAAAAAACAAAAAAAAAAAAAAACAUUUUUCUAAAACCUCGAAUCAGCUCGCGAAUUUCAACGCCUACUGAAAAUUUACUUACAGUUUCUCUUACU